CUACCGCCAGUUUCGAUUGUAUAACAUAAUAAACUUUCACUGUCACCCAUUCAAACAAAUCAAAAGCCUUUUAACAUAACUCUCUUCUUCUUCUUCUUAAUUUACCCUCUCUCUAUAUUUAUACAGACACAUAUAUCUCGUGUCAACUGUAUAGUGUCUUUCAAAUUAUCAGCAGGGAAACGAAGAAGAAAUUGCUGCGGAAUUGAACAAGGAUGGCCAAGGAAGUGUCUAAUGGAGAUCAUAGUUCUGCAUCAAAGCCACCACCAACCCCAUCGCCACUGAGAUUCUCCAAGUUCUUUCAGUCCAAUAUGAGAAUUUUGGUAACUGGAGGAGCUGGGUUUAUUGGCUCUCACCUGGUGGACAAGUUGAUGGAAAAUGAAAAGAAUGAGGUUAUUGUUGUGGAUAACUACUUCACUGGCUCAAAAGAUAAUUUAAAGAAAUGGAUUGGUCAUCCAAGAUUUGAGCUUAUUCGUCAUGAUGUCACUGAGCCAUUGCUCAUUGAGGUUGACCAAAUAUACCACCUUGCUUGCCCUGCAUCUCCAAUCUUCUACAAAUACAAUCCUGUAAAGACCAUAAAAACAAAUGUGAUUGGCACGUUGAACAUGUUGGGGCUUGCCAAGCGUGUUGGAGCAAGGAUUUUGCUUACUUCAACUUCAGAGGUCUAUGGAGAUCCACUUGUACAUCCUCAAGAAGAGAGCUAUUGGGGGAAUGUCAAUCCAAUUGGAGUCAGAAGCUGCUACGAUGAGGGAAAGAGAGUAGCUGAAACUUUGAUGUUUGAUUAUCAUAGACAGCAUGGGAUUGAGAUACGAAUUGCCAGAAUUUUCAACACUUAUGGACCUCGCAUGAACAUUGAUGAUGGACGUGUUGUUAGCAAUUUCAUAGCCCAAGCAGUCCGUAAUGAGCCCUUGACUGUUCAAGCACCCGGAACACAAACUCGUAGUUUCUGUUAUGUGUCUGACAUGGUUGAUGGCCUUAUUCGAUUGAUGGAAGGAGAGAACACUGGCCCUAUCAAUAUUGGAAAUCCAGGUGAAUUUACAAUGCUUGAACUUGCUGAAACUGUUAAGGAGCUUAUCAAUCCUGAUGUGGAGAUCGCAAAGGUGGAAAAUACACCUGAUGAUCCUCGUCAAAGGAAGCCAGACAUAACAAAAGCAAAGGAGUUGCUAGGAUGGGAACCUAAGAUCAAGCUCCGUGAUGGCCUUCCACUCAUGGAGGAUGAUUUCCGACUGAGGCUUGGUGUUCCCAGAAAGAAGUGAAGUAUAUAGUACCAGUAAAAUUUGAGCAGUACUAGAACAUUCUCCGGCAUGGCAACCCUCAAUCCACAGUUACUUGUUACUACCAAUAUUUUAUUUACAAUAAAUGUUUUGUGUUCUUAUCAUACAAAUAGGUGGUCAUGUAAUAUAUGGAACUUAUCCUUUAAUGGGUGGUAUAUGGAUUGAUUAUGAAGUUUUGAAUAUCAUGGAUAAGUUCAUCUA